AUAUUUGCAAAAUGUUUUUAUAUAUAUGUUAGUUGAUCAAACUAUUUUAUCGCAUUUUUUGCACGAGAGCAAACUUGGCAAGAACAAAUUAUAACUAUAAUCGAUAAUCCUGAGGGCGGUCGCGCACCUGUCGUAGUGGUACCGUUUGAACAGGUAAGAAGAUGGCGGUACAAUGGUGGUUGACGGUGCUGAUGGUGCUUUGUGGUGAUAGUCGUUAGUUCUGGCAGAACCAUCGGCGCGUUAAUGAUUAAUUUAGCGGUGUAAAACGUUCUCGAAUUUCGCAAGAGAUAUAAUGAAUAAAAGCCUUGUAAAAUUGAUUAAUUGAAAAAAAGUGUUUUAAUACUAAUUUUUGAUUAUCCAUCACGUGUGCUAAUGACAAAUAUUUCUAAUUUAAGACGUACAUGGAAUACUCGCGAGAAUUAUACGAUAUUAAAGUAUUGAUUUUAUGGAAAAUAGAUUAGCAAUAUAUGAAUAAUAUCUUUAAAAUGAUGCAAAGACUAUCUACUGCUUACCAAUUAUUUUCUAUCUUCAUCAAUCAUAAUUAGCGAUUAUAUACAAGUGUACGUUAAAUCUGUAUUUGGGUGAUUUCGGUGCUGCGUUGCGUUGGCAUACUCGGGUGAUGAGAGACGGACCUGAAAAUGAGGAUAGACCUGGCGGAAGUUGAGGUAUCGACGGAGGAGGAGUACUCGCCCACUGCCGCCACCGCCGCAGUGGACAGUAGCAGUAUGGACAGCAGUCCGGACGAUUACGACGGAGUCGAGGCCGAAUUGACAAGCCUCUCCUGGCUGCAAUCGUUGGACAUCACCAGCGCGUCCGGUUUGCCGACGCCGCCUUGUUCGCCAUCGCCUCCGCCGGUCGUCCGUAAACCCCCAAAGAAGCUGUCGCCCUUGGUCAAGGCCGAUUUAGAUCUGGUGGAAAAUGCCGGCAAGUAUCGAACGGAUCCCGAUGCAAAGCCGCCGUUCUCUUACGCCACCAUGAUUUGUCUCGCGAUGCGCGCCAACAAUAAUAAGGUCUCCCUUUCCAACAUUUACGCAUGGAUUCGAGAGAAUUUCUUAUUUUACAAAUAUGCCGAUCCAGCCUGGCAGAAUUCGAUUCGACACAAUCUCUCGCUGAACAAGUGCUUUGUCAAACUGCCGCGUUCUAAAGACGAGCCGGGCAAGGGCGGUUUCUGGAAACUGGAUCUCGAAAGAAUGGAGGAGGGUAAACGGUCCAGACGUCGCUCCGCAAUAUCACAGCGAAUUCGCAACUCCAAGAGGCAAUCCUCAUCCGCGACAACCGCGACAACGACGAUAGCGACGACGACAACGACGACAGCAACGACGACGCUCAAUGCUCUUCAGAACAGCUGUUCGCCGCCCACCAGCUGCCUAUCCAGCACUCUAUACGAGACCCCGCCUAGUAGCGUGUCACCCCCAAUUCCGGACAGUCUGUCGGAAGUACCGGAAUCGACGCAGGUGAGCCUAAGUGAGGACGAUUUCACGAGCUUGCUGAUCGCCGGCUGGGAUGAAAAUAAUCAGUUUGAGCUCCUCGACCUCUUGGACACCCUGUAAACCAAGCCAAGGUGACUCUCUCGCAAACGCCUCUCAGGAAUCAUUGGCGAAACAAAUGUUCUCGUCCCUCCAUACAUCUCCCCCUCCGACUUCCCAUUUCAUUCGAUUGACAUAAAACGUAAAUAACAACGCGAAUAACGUUGUCAGAUCGAUCUGAAGCAAUAUCAAUUUUUAAUUUUAUCGGAUUUCGCGAUAACAUACACUUUCCGUUUCACAAACAACGAUUGCGCGAUAAAACGCAAAUAACAAAUUAUUAUUGUUAAACAAUCACACUCAAGACUACGCAAAAGCAAUGGUUCCGUUUAAUCGUAUGCAUUAAAAUGUUAAAUAUCAAUCUCGUAAUUAAAGCGCGAUUAAUUUACGAUCGAAGCGUCGAGAGGAAAAAGUAUCGUUGAGGAAGAAAUAUCAGAGAAAAUGAAAGCAAACACAUCUUAUCUCUUCUUCCUUAACAAUGACCUAAUACACGUAAAGAUGAAACGUCGCGCGAUUUUAGUGUGCCUAACGAGAUUGUUUUAACACGCCGUCCGACCAAUGUGUUAAAACGUGUUAUAAUGUAACGUGUAUAAGAACUCUGUUAUUGCCGAAAGUGUGACCGAUAGUGUGGCAAGACAUAUUAUAAUCGAUUGAAGUAUUAUUAGAUUACGCCGUGAAAUAUUUGCCAUGAUCGGCGACGUGAUGAGGAUGAAUAUCAGUGCGUAUCCGAU